CUGCUCUCCUACUCUCCGGACCUGGUCUGCCUCCAAGAGGUCGACGAACGUGUAUUUCGCGAGCUCCUCUCCCCUGUCCUCUUAUCUUCAGGUCUAGCAGGCUUCCACCACUCCAAAUGCGGCAAUACCCGCGAGGGUGCCGCCCUCUUUUACCGGCUGGAGCGCCUGGCCUGUAUGGGCACGUUUGACUUCGAGAUGCGGGAAGCUUUCGACAGGAAAGAUAAUCCUUUCAAGCCCCUCCAAGACCGCUAUCCUGCACUUCGCGCCAUUUUGUGUGAAAAACUGACGACGGUCGGACAGAUCGUGCUUUUGCGUCUCGAGAUGGCCACCCUGGUGAGAGAAAUGACUGCCCGGCAGGGCGAGAUCGAGGACAAGUUCGGCGUGCGACCUCGUCUGGUCCUGUGCGGCGACCUGAAUAGCACCCCCACUACCGCCACGAUCCGCUACCUGCGCGGGGAGACGAUCGGCCCGGAGGACGAAGUCUGGGAGCACCUCCACGUCUUCGGGUGGGGCAAGCGGCAAGGCGAGGGAGAGGAAAAGGAGGAAGGGGAGGCGGCAGCGACGGCGGCGGUCCUCGAAGCAGAAGAGGGAAAGAAGGGCGGGGAGGAGGGAGGGGAUGGGAAGGCUGUAGCGGUUGAUGAUGGCAGGGAGAGUAGGGGGAGAGAGACUCUCCUUUCCAGCCGCGCGACGCCGCGCGUGGAGGCGCGGGAAGAAAAAGAGAAGGAGAAGAACUCUAAGGAGAAAGGGAGCAUGGCCUCAGACGGGGACGUGAUCCCCACGCUGUGCUUGACACGACCUUUUUUCAGUGCCUGUGGCUUACCCGACUUCACGAACUACGUGCAGGGCUUUGUCGAGACUUUGGAUUACAUUUUCUUGGAGUCGGAGGCCCCAGUCCCAUUGGAUCCCUCCGGUGCGAGCUUCUCCGUGCUGUCGGUAGGCGCCAUGCCGACCAGGGAGGAGGCGGGUCAGGACACGGCGUUGCCGUCCUGGCAGGCGCCCUCGGACCAUGUGAGCAUCCUUUGCGAUGUCCGCGUGCAGUGAGGGAGGCGGAAUUAGAGGAGGGGAGAGAGGAAGAUGGGGGCUGAAAACAGACGGGGGACGGCACUACAUCUUCACGAUUUUUGGGAGGGGAAUCAUAGGUGGUGUAUUGCGGUGACAUAGAGAAAAGUCUCGAUUGAAACAUAAAUUGGGUCGUAGAAAGCAUAACGGAAGUACUGAUUCCUCCUGCAAGGGGACCCUGGCUGUGAAUGGUGGCUGGGCGGGUCUGUUUUGA